UCAUCAUCAACACAAGCAUCCAACAUGUGUAAGAAGAGAUAGAGAGAGAAAGUACAAAAUUGACCUUUCACUCUUCUGUGGAUCUAGGGUUUCACAUCACACAGUUGAGCCACCGCAUCGUCAUCUAUACCGUCGUACUACAACUACAACUACUAUCAGAAAAAUCAUCUAAACCCUACUUUUAAUCUUCUCUUAAUCAUCAUCUUCUAUAACAAACCCUAAAAUUUUCAUUCUUUUGGGCGUUUUUUUGGGUAAAUCUGAAUGAAAUUUGAUAAACGAUGACAUUUGAUUGGUUGAUUUGAUAAGAUUCGAUAAGAUCUGACUUUUUUUUUCGUUUGGAUUGGAUUUUAAGCGUAAUUUCAAGGAUCGAUCUAUAUAGAUGAUGAAAAACUGAAAGGGAAAGGAUAUAAAUUGUUUUUUUUUUUGAUUUUUUUUUUUGUGAUUCCAGAGGAAAAAAAACGAAAAGAAAAAGGAAAAAUGUUUAAAUCGACUGUGGUGUUGUAUGAAGGAGAAAGAUUGGUGGGAGAAGUGGAAAUGUACGGUGAGAAGGGUGUUGUAUGGGGGGAGAAGGUAAUAAGGAUAUCUCACUAUUCGCCGCCAAGUGAGAGAUGUCCACCACUGGCAGUGCUACACACAGUUACUACUGGAAUAAGCUUCAAAUUGGAACCUACAAAAUCAAAGCCGCUGACCCAAGACUCGCCGCUCAUUCUUUUGCACUCCACAUGUCUCAGCGAUAACAAGACUGCAGUGAUGUCACUUGGAAGAGAGGAGCUUCAUUUAGUCGCGAUGCAGUCUAAGAAUAUUGGCGGACAGUGUCCUUUCUUUUGGGGAUUUAAGGUUGCAUCAGGGAUUUAUGUUUCUUGUCUAACAAUGCUAAACCUCAGGUGUCUUGGCAUUGUAUUUGAUCUUGAUGAGACACUCAUAGUUGCCAACACAAUGCGUUCAUUUGAGGAUAGAAUAGAGGCCUUGCAGCGGAAAAUAAAUUCAGAAUCAGAUCCGCAACGUGCCUCGGUUAUGCUGGCUGAGGUCAAGCGUUAUCAGGAGGAUAAAAUUAUUUUAAAGCAAUAUGCCGAAAAUGAUCAGGUUGUUGAGAAUGGAAAGGUGAUCAAAUCUCAGUCUGAGGUUUUCCCGGCGUUGUCUGAUAAUCACCAACCUAUUGUCAGACCUCUGAUUAGAUUGCAAGAUAGAAACAUUAUUCUUACUCGUAUUAAUCCAAUGAUCCGUGAUACUAGUGUUCUUGUGAGAUUGAGACCUGCAUGGGAGGAUCUCCGAAGCUAUCUGACUGCAAGGGGUCGGAAGCGCUUUGAAGUUUAUGUGUGCACAAUGGCUGAAAGAGACUAUGCAUUAGAAAUGUGGCGCCUUCUUGAUCCAGAUUCAAACUUGAUUAACUCACAAGAACUCUUGGAUCGUAUUGUCUGUGUCAAGUCUGGCUUGAGGAAAUCAUUGUUCAAUGUAUUCCAAGAUGGAAAUUGUCAUCCUAAGAUGUCAUUGGUGAUUGAUGAUCGCUUGAAAGUGUGGGAUGAGAAAGAUCAACCACGAGUGCAUGUUGUUCCUGCAUUUGCUCCAUAUUUUGCCCCUCAAGCAGAAGGCAACAAUUCUGUUCCUGUCCUUUGUGUUGCCAGAAAUGUAGCCUGCAAUGUCAGAGGUGGUUUUUUCAAAGAUUUUGAUGAUGGCCUAUUACAGCGAAUAUCUGAGGUUGCAUAUGAAGAUGAUAUUAAGCAAGUUCCUUCUGCUCCCGAUGUUAGCAACUAUUUGAUUUCGGAGGAUGAUCCUUCAGCUGUAAAUGGGAAUAAAGAAUCACUUGGAUUUGAUGGAAUGGCUGAUAGUGAGGUCGAAAGGAGACUAAAGGAAGCAAUGUUGGCUUCAACGAGUGUUCCUUCUCAAAUGACAAAUUUGGAUCCAAGACUUGCACCAGCUCUCCAGUACCCUGUCCCACCUGUUAUCUCACAACCAACCAUUCAAGGCUCAGUGGUGCCUUUUCCUGCUCAGCAUCUCCCUCAAGUGACUUCUGUACUUCAAUCAUCAGUGACUCAAAUAAGUCCUCAGGACACAAGCUUGCAAAGUUCUCCUGCUAGGGAAGAGGGUGAGGUACCAGAAUCUGAAUUAGACCCUGAUACAAGGAGGAGAUUACUUAUAUUGCAGCAUGGUCAAGACACGAGAGAUCAAGUAUCAAGUGAACCAAAGUUUCCUAUGGGGACUCCAUUACAAGUGUCUGUGCCACCACGGGUACAGCCACAUGGUUGGUUUCCAGUUGAGGAAGAGAUGAGCCCUAGGCAACUUAAUCGAGCCUUACCUCCCAAGGAAUAUCCUUUAAAUUCAGAGUCUAUGCAUAUUAACAAACAUCGGCCUCCUCAUCCACCUUUUCUUCCCAAAAUGGAGACUUCUAUGCCAUCUGAUAGAGUUCUUUUUGAGAACCAGAGGCUGCCAAAAGAGGUAAUCCCUCGGGAUGACAGGAUGAGAUUUUCCCAAUCACAACCUAGCUUUCGUCCCCCAGGUGAGGAAGUCCCCUUGGGGCGGUCAUCUUCCAGCAACAGGGUUCUUGACCUUGAACCUGGACAUUAUGAUCCAUAUCUAGAAACACCUGCUGGAGCUUUACAAGAUAUUGCAUUCAAGUGUGGAGCAAAGGUCGAAUUCAAAUCAGGUUUUCUUUCAAGUCCAGAACUGCAGUUCUCCUUGGAGGUGUUGUUUGCAGGAGAAAAAAUUGGAGAAGGAAUUGGCCGGACAAGAAGGGAAGCGCAACGACAGGCUUCUGAGGAUUCUCUUAUGAAUCUGGCCGACAAAUACUUGUCACGUCUCAAACCCGAUUCCAUUUCCACACUGGGUGAUGGAUUUAGGUUUCCAAAUGCAAGUGAUAAUGGGUUUGUUGACAACAUGAGUCCUUUUGGGUAUCAAUCAUAUCCGAAGGAGGAUCGUGUCUCACAUUCUUUUGCAUCAGAGCCUCCCAGAGUGUUGGAUCCAAGGCUUGAGGUUUUUAAGAAGUCAGUGGGUUCAGUUGGAGCCCUAAGAGAACUAUGUGCAAUUGAAGGACUUGGUUUGGCAUUCCAAACUCAGCCUCAACUUUCAGCUAAUCCGGGCCAGAAAAGUGAAAUAUAUGCCCAGGUGGAAAUUGAUGGCCAAGUAUUUGGCAAAGGAAUCGGUUCAACGUGGGAUGAUGCUAAAACACAGGCUGCUGAAAGGGCUCUUGUUGCUCUGAAGUCCGAGUUGGCUCAAUUUUCUCUUAAGCGCCAGGGUUCUCCGAGAUCAUUGCAGCAGGGAUUUUCUAAUAAAAGAUUGAAACCUGAGUAUUCUCGGGGUGUGCAGCUGCGAGUACCAUCUUCUGGUAGAUUCCCGAAGAACACUUCUGCUAUGCCAUGAACUGUAUAUGUAUAAAGAGUCUUGACCUCUGCUUGUACAUCAACCACAUAGAAAUUGUAACAUGCAUGGGAACAUCUGCCCCUGUGAUUUGUGAAGCCAAUUGGGAUCUUUACUCUGAAUCGCUGUCCUUGCUGUUUCAGCUCGACUAUAUCCAAUAUGCACAUCCACAAUAGAUGCAAGCCUCUGGAUUGAUAGAACAAAAUUCAAUCACCUCAUGGGAACCUAGGGUGGAUUCUUUACCCUUUGCGGGCAGUCCCAUUCUGUUAACUGUGGAUCCCUGCUAUUUUCUGCAUGGUUUUGGGACCUAGAGACUCAAAAGCCACUUAGAGCUGGGAAUGAGUUCACAUCUUCAUUCAAGAUGGGCACCAUAAGCCCCGGAAACUUGGGGAGUUCUUGCAUGCAUUGAAUUCACUUUGGCCAAGUCCAGUGUGUUUCCUGGAGGAUACUUCAAUUUUGACGAUUUUAUAGUAAAUUGAGGAUAUGCUUGACCUUUCGCCUUUGUUUUCUCUCGCCUUGUUUAGAUACCAAAUAGGAUGAGUGGAAAAUUUUGUUAAGCUGUAAUUAGCUUCUGUAGUUUAUUUUUGCAUUAUUUUUUUGUACCCCAGGGGUACAAUUUACUGUCAAAUGUAACCUUCGGCAAUUGAUGAAUGCAACUUUUAGUUUUUA